GUGGAACUCAGAGAGUAUAUAAACACGAAGCCACCUUGCAACAGUUCAGUCUGCCACGACCAAGCAAAGAGGGGCUUUCGCCGAGAACCCACCACACGACUAAGGAGGAUCCUCGACAUCGACAGAGUGUUCUCAGUAAGUUAGGUGUGACUGACUGACAAUGGACAAGAUGUCCAUACUGAUGGUGUGUUUGAUGGCCGCCUUGUCGGAGGCUGCAUUACACGAGUUUUCUCUUCAGAAUGUACUUGACAACGCUGAACUCAUGGAUCAUGCGAGGAGAGUGGCGCGGGCUGCGGAUGCCGCUGGCUAUGAGAUCGCCACGUUGUACGGAGAGAGCCUGGAGUCUGGAGAACACAGACGCCUCACCAAGAGAGACGUUGAAGACCACGUCGCCAGUCCGUCGUCAAAGUCCAGAAACUUCGAGCUUCUCCUCACUUCCGGAGAGAGACUACACAUGUCACUUCAGAAGCGGCAAGUUCUAUGCCCAAACCUGAAAGUGGUGGAGCGCUUGGAGAACGAAACGAUAAUCAGUCGCCCAUUGAUCAAAGACUGCUUCUUCAGUGGCCUUCUGAGGGACAAGUCUGGCUUCGCUUCACUGUCGCUGUGUGAUGGAAAUGUGGUUGGAGCCAUUCAGUCAAAAGACCGUAACUUCCAGUUACUUCCACUUCCGGAAGAUUUCACCCGCAAAUUUCCCUUUCUGCACGUGCUGCUUACGUGGUCAAAUACAACCGAUAACCAAGAUUCUAGCCCCGUAGACAACUUUGUAGACGUGUCUAAAGAUGAAGUGAAUAAAUUAGAGGAUGAAGAAGCAAACAACGAAAAAGUCAAGAGGUCAGUACGCGACAGGAAGGUGACGAUAGAGGUGGGCGUCUACUUGGAUGUACACUUCUUAAACAAAGUAUCGGAAAAACAUCAAAUCUCCUCAAACCAGCAGCUUACAGACUUCAUCGCUCAAAAAUGGAGUGGUAUUGCCGGUGUGCUGCACAACCCCUCUCUGGUCGGGUGGGACAUCACGAUCAAAGUCGUCAAUGUGGAGAUCUGGAGAAGCAACCCGUGGUGGUACCAAGACUCCACUCAAGAACUGGGAGAGCGUAUGCAGAGUGCGUGUGAAAACACCAUGGAUCAGCCUUUUGACUACGUUUCCAUCGAAACCUCUGAUACCGACCCACCUCGGAGGACGGGAGUAGCUUACGUGGGACAAAUGUGCAAUCCUCGAUAUCGCUGUGGUAUCACCAAGGGAGCCAACUUCAACUUCGCACCUGAGAUCCAUGAGAUGGGACAUAACAUGGGACUGAAGCAUGAUGACACGAUGUCUGAGUGUUCAAGACAGGAGAAAGGUUUCAUGUCUGCCAAGCAGAGUGUCUUCAGACCAUGCUACGCUAAAGUCCUCGACUACUCGCUCAGGGACAAGUCAUGCCUGUUUGAAGACAGCGUUGAUACCUCGAACUAUAAUCCGAUCAACCUAGAGUAACUUGAACAGAUUUGAAAUGGUCUUGGAUAGCCGUAGUCUGCCUCUCGCUGAAUGUUGUAAAAAUCAGUCAUUAAAACUUUGAAGAGAA